CAGACGGUCGUUGUCUCUGAGAGCUGAAAUGGCGCAGAAAGGAACUCAGCUGGAUCAGGAAACCUUCUCUUGUUCCAUCUGUCUGGAUCUACUGAAGGAUCCGGUGACUGUUUCCUGUGGACACAGCUACUGCAUGAAGUGUCUUCAAAGCCACUGGGAUAUAGAGGAUGAGAAGAAACUCUACAGCUGCCCUCAGUGCAGGCAGACCUUCACACCGAGGCCUGUCCUGCUAAGAAACACCAUGUUAGCAGUUUUAGUGGAGGAGCUGAAGAAGAGCGGACUCCAAGAUGCUCCUGCUGAUCACUGCUAUGCUGGAGCUGAAGAUGUGGCCUGUGAUUUCUGCAGCGGGAGGAAACUGAAAGCCCAGAAGUCCUGUCUGCAAUGUCUGGCCUCUUACUGUCAAAAUCACCUUCAGCCUCAUUUCUUAUCACCUGCAUUUAAAAAUCACAAGCUGGUGGAGCCGUCCAAGAAGCUCCAAGAGGAUGUCUGCUCUCGUCAUGAUGAGGUGAUGAAGAUGUUCUGUCGCACUGAUCAGCAGUCUAUCUGUUAUCUUUGCUCUGUGGACAAACAUAAAGGCCAUGACACGGUCUCAGCUGCAGCAGAGAGGGCCAAGAGGCAGAGAGAGCUGGAGGUGAGCCGACAAAACAUCCAACAGAGAAUCCAGGACAGAGAGAAAGAUGUGAAGCUGCUUCGACAGGAAGCAGAGAACAUUAAUUGCUCCGCUGAUAAAGCAGUGGAGGACAGCCAGAAGAUCUUCACCCAGCUGAUCCGUCUCAUGAAAAAACAACACUCCACUGUGACCCAGCAGGUCCGAUCCCAGCAGAAAAGUGAAGUGAGUCGAGUCAAAGAGCUGGAGGAGAAGCUGAGGCAGGAGAUCGCUGAGCUGAAGAGGAAAGAUGGCGAGCUGCAGACGCUGUCACAAACACAGGAUCACAACCAGUUUCUACACGACUACCCCUCACUGUCAGCACUCAGACAACCUACACACUCAUACAGCAUCCAUAUCCGUCCUCUGAGGUACUUUGAAGAUGUGACAGUGGCUGUGUCAGCAGUCAGAGAUACACUACAGGACGUCCUGACAGAGACAUGGACAAACAUCUCACUCACAGUGACUGAAGUGGAUGUUUUACUGCCAAGACCAGAGCCCAACACCAGAGAGGAGUUCAUCAGAUAUUCAUGUGACAUCACACUGGAUCCAAACACAGCACACAGAUAUCUGUUAUUAUCUGAUGGGAACAAAAUAGCAACACGAACAAGUCUACAACAGUCUUAUCCUAGACACCCAGACAGAUUCACUGACUUAGCUCAGGUCCUGAGUCGAAAGAGUCUGACUGGACGUUGUUACUGGGAGGUGGAGAGGAGAGGAGAAAUAUCUGUAGUAGUCGCAUACAAGAAUAUCAGCAGAACAGGGGAUGAAUGUGGAUUUGGGUACAAUGACAAAUCUUGGGCGUUAGAUUGUCAUGACAGUGGUUAUAACUUUUGGUACAACAAUGUCCUGACUCCUGUCUCUGGUCCUCGGUCCUCCAGAGUGGGAGUGUACCUGGAUCACAGAGCAGGUAUUCUGUCCUUCUACAGCAUCUCUGAAACCAUGACCCUCCUCCACAGAGUCCACACCACAUUCACUCAGCCUCUACAUGCUGGACUUUAUGUUAUUGGCACAGCUGAGAUGUGUAAGCUGAAGUAGACAGAAGUCAUUUAAAGGAAAAGUGGUUUAACUUCUGUGUUUGAAUCCUUCAGCUUAAUUUUUCUUCAUGUUUGUUGCUGAGAGCUGAUUGGACCUCAUUUACCAACCAUCCUUACUCACAAACCUGUUCCUCUAACUAACUUCUGGCUCAUUUAUGCUACAAAUGAAAAGAAGAUCUGAGUGUUUUAAACCACACAACUGUCAUUGCUCAUGCAGGUUUGUACUUUCUAAUAUUUCACAGUUAAACGCUCAUGAUUGGCUGACUGAUGUGACCUUUAUUUCAAUCAUAUCUUACUCAAGACCAGAUGACUUUAUCACCAAACACAAUCUACUGGAUGGCCAAGCAAACAGAUUUAGAAAUAACACGACAUCUUCAGUGGCUCUCAUGGAAUUUUGUAGAGGAAAUAACAUCAGACACUUAAAACAAGGAAGAUGCUGCAUGAAUCUGACACAAUAGGUCAUCAAUUAUUAAUAAUAAAACUUCAGAAAUAUGGAAUAAGAGGAGGAGCACUCAUUUGGCUCGUUGCUUACUUAGACCAUAAUUCAGUAUGUUCAUAUCAAUCAAGUUCAUUCAGAACUAUUACAGGUUCAGUGCUGGGGCCAUUACGCUUCAUUUAGUAAAUUAAUAUAUGUGAAUGUUCUUUAUACUGACACCAUUUCUAUUUGCUUAUGAUACAGAUUUACUUUAUUACAGUGACAAAAUGAUAAAAACCUUUGGAUAUCAUUGGAGAUGAAUUACAGAAACUCAAGAGUUGGCUUGAUUCAAAUAAACUAUCACUGAACCUAUGCAAGACUCAAUUUAUCAUUUAGGGCAGUGGUUCCCAACCUGGGGUCUGGGACCCCCUAGGGGGGCACCAGAGGUCUCAGGGGGGUACAAGGCUUUGUCUGCUCUGAGGUUGUCAAGAUUAGAUUGGCAUAUAUUAGCUUAGAUCAUGGCUAAACUUUACAUAGUUAUACAAAUAUCUUUCGGUGCAAUGAACAUAUAUAAACCUGUUUUGUUUUGGAUUUUGUCUCUGAAACAAUAUUGAUGUUGAUUUUUGAUGCUAAUUGAUCACUAUUUUAUUCAUGUGGGUCUUCAGGGGCUCAGCUUUUCUUACAUAUAAGUAGGGGGGCUCUACACUCUGACAAAUUGCUGUAAAUUUACGGGGAAAUUUCAACGGUAAGAUCCUGUUAUGUUUAAAUACAGGACAACCCUGUAAAAUAACAGUUUAGAACAGUAUUUUACUGUGUUACUGCUUCAAGGAAAGAAAACAGUAAUUUCUUGUAUUUUUACAUUGUAUUUUUGGGAACAAGAAGCUGCGAGCCCAUGCUUGGAAGAAGAGUGAAGUUAGAAAUCACAUUGUUCUCCAGCUCCAUCCUAACAAUAAACAGGUUAAUGCCUUACUGCUUUGCUAGAAUAGGCAAAAACCAUCACUUACUAAGUUUGAGGUCAUUUGUAAGAUUAGCAUUAGCUAGAGUUUGACACGACGCACAAACACCGCAGGCACACAGAGUGAGUAAAUUCUUUGCCAGCUAACAUUAGCUUGAUCUUAACAGUUACUAAAAUUGAAUUCAGAUAAUUCUUUUGUUGUAUUAUUACCUCCGCCAAGGAGGUUAUGUGAGCGGUAGGGUUUGUUUGUUAGUUUGUUUUUUAACUCAAAAAGUUAU